AUGGACAAAUAUAUUAUCAACGGUCAGAUCGGUGAAGGAGCGCAAGGCUUAGUCCUGAAAGCGCACGACUCAUCUCGAGAUCAAGAAGUAGCAUUAAAGAAAAUCCUGAUUAAAAAGAUCGAGGGUGGUCUACCGACAUCCAUCAUACGCGAAGUAAAAAGUCUGCAACAACUCAAGCAUCCUUAUGUCGUGGAACUACUAGAUGCUUUUCCAAAUGGUUUAGAUUUCAUAAUGGUGUUUGAAUACAUGCCAACAGGUCUAUGGGAAGUAUUAAGAGACUUCGAGAUAUCUUUGACGCUGGCACAAAUUAAAACGUAUAUGAAAAUGUUGUUGGAGGGCAUAGCAUAUGUGCAUGGUAAAAAUAUAAUGCACAGGGAUUUGAAACCUGCGAAUUUGUUGAUUAGUGAGAAAGGUAUCCUGAAAAUCGCGGAUUUUGGCUUAAGCAGAUUGAUGUGGAAGGAUGGUACAAAGCCGUAUUCACAUCAAGUCGCUACACGAUGGUAUCGAGCACCGGAACUGCUCUAUGGAGCACGUUAUUACACAUUUGCGAUCGAUAUUUGGUCGAUUGGUUGCAUAUUCGGUGAAAUGUUGAACACUUCUCCAUUAUUUCCAGGUGAAACUGAUAUCGAACAAUUGGCCAUUGUUCUAAAGUAUUUGGGUUCUCCUACAUCCGAAUCCUGGCCCGAAUUAACUUCGUUACCGGAUUACAACAAAAUCACCUUUCCUUAUCACAAAAGCACAUCAUGGGAAAAUAUUAUUCAAGAUGCUCAGCCAGAAGCUAUCGAUUUAAUCAGGCAAAUUUUGAUUUACAAUUCUUCGAAACGUCUCACAGCUGAACAGGCAUUGUGUCACACAUACUUUUACUCCAAACCAUAUCCCUCUAUGAAAAAUCUAAUAAAACCACCAUCAGAUCAUCGUCUCCGCGUAAAAUCGAAAGAAAUCAAUCCGAAUGUGCAACCAAACACGCUUUUCGAAAAUCUUCUAAGCAUUGUAUAACGAUGAAUGACAUGAUGUAUAUUAAUAAUUUUAUUUAACUUCCAUUCCUGUAAAGCGCAAGUAUUCUUCU